GACAAUGUCGUUGAGGAAGAAAUCAAAAGAUCAAUCAAUAUGUUUUCAAUGACUCACGCGCGUGUCCUUUUUAAUCCCUUCUUUAAACAAAAGAAUUCUAUGACUCAGAAUCCAAAAUUGGCCACUAAAGUGUAA